AUGGACGGGGAGGAGCCUGCCACGGAAAUCGAGGCGCUCAUCCAGCGGCUGAGGCUCCACCAGCCGCCCCCCUCCCCGCAUGCCGGUGAUCCAUCCACGGCGGCGACCCCCAACGCCGGCGAGCUACUUAAGCCGCGGAGGGCCGCCGUGCUGAUCUGCCUCUUCCGGGGCUCCGCCGGGGAGCUCCGCGUCAUCCUCACCAAGCGCUCCUCUUCCCUCUCCACUCACUCCGGGGAGGUUGCAUUGCCAGGCGGAAAAGUUGACGAAGGCGAUGCUGAUGAUGCAGCUACAGCAUUGCGGGAAGCAAAGGAGGAGAUUGGGAUGGAUCCAUGUCUGGUUACUGUUGUUACCUCUCUCGAGCACUUCUUGUCAAAGCAUCUUCUGGUAGUUGUUCCUAUUGUUGGCAUACUCUCAGAUAUAGAAGGAUUUAAACCUGUUCCCAACAUCCACGAGGUUGAUGACAUUUUCGAUGUACCCCUGGAGAUGUUCCUCAAGGAUGAGAACAGGAGAUCCGAGGAGAGAGAACGGAUGGGGCAAGUCUUCACAAUUCAGUACUUCGACUAUGAGAAAGAAAACCGGAAGUACGUAAUCUGGGGAUUGACUGCCCGCAUCCUCAUCCAUGCUGCUUCCAUUGUAUACCAGCGGCCACCGGACUUUGUAGAGCGAAGAUUACAGUUCAACCUUCCAAAGUACUCCAUUUCUAGUUCAGGAUCUGCUGCAAGCUAA